AUGUCGCGACCUCAGGGUCCGUUCAGUAAUACUGCAUUCAACUCUCUUCCCAUCGAGCUCAACAAGGCCAUCGUCCACUACCUUGACAACGACAAGGACAUCGCGACAUACCGGUUGAUAUGCCGUUCUACAAAUGAUGCCAUCGACGCCGAUCGUCAGUCGUUCUGGCGUGCAAAGUUCCGUGAGAAGUAUGACUUCUUGGAGGGCACACCCAACAACCAGCUGCGGCGCAUGUAUCAGCGCCGGUCCAAGCUGCUGCGAUGCGGCACCAAGUACGGCUUCUUUCGUGGCCAUGGUAAAACUGAGGCCCGGGUUGUGAAGAUGUUGAAAGAUUUGAUCAUUGAAUCCUUUCAGGGUGCCACCGAAACUGAUGAGCAUGGGCGUUUCCGUUGCAGGAAUCACGCUCACCUCAUUCAAUUCAUUCUCGAGUCCCGUCUGCUAAAUAAUGACCGACGACCUCCCAUAGUCCGCCGUGGCGAACCUGCACACGUUGAUGAGACACUGGCAGCUGUUAAGCUGAUAUGUUCACAGUUCAUUUUCAAUCUUCCCGGCAUAGAACAUAACAUAUUUGCAUUCGACGAGUCACAGUUUGCCGUUUAUCAAUCCACCACCGAAGCCCCCAUCUUCCUGGACAACUAUAAAAAGGUGAACUUGGAAUGGGUUCUCCACAGCAUGAAUUUCUUCCGCCACCACAUGAUGAACGAAGAAGCCCAAACUCUGUUCUACAAAAUCGAUGAGCUAUACGCAACCCUUAAACCCUCGCCCUGGAGAGAGCCUCUCCGUCAGGGCGCAUAUACACUCAGCAGAUACUGGAAAGGCACCUAUGCCUUCCUCGACCACUCCGAAGUCCAGCGCCUCCGCAAGCAAGGCCCAGGUCACGAAAUAUACAUUGACAAGAACGUUGACGAAGGCAAGAUUCAAUCCCUCGAACUCGUCUUCGCACAACCAGCGCACCUCUCUAAUCGCCGCCCCCUAACCUGGCCCGCCCUCUUUGAAUCCCGCCUACACUCCUUGCUCCCUUCCACCAGCGCCCAACCCCUCAAAACACAAGCCCGCCACUGCCCCAAACAAUCCCAAAACAUCCAAUUCGAAGGCACAGGCCAAGACCUUGACGACGAAUACCGCGCUCUCGGCUGGCUUAAUGCUCUUCCGCCUCAAGGCGGCAUCCCAGGCUGGCAGCGUAUAACCUUCAUGAAGCAUUUCAGCGAUGACUACCAGGAUCCUGACCAGGAUAAUCUUUGGGCGUAUGAGGGGGUUGUGAUGCCCGGUGGGAGAAUGAUUUUGGGGAGGUGGUGGUUUGCGUCUGAGUCGGUGGCCACGCAGUUGGACUACAAUGGGCCGUUUAUUCUUUGGGCGGUGGAUGAGCCAGAGAUGGAUGGGGAGGAGGAGGAGGAGGAGUAG